AUGUUUCCAAAUCCGAAUUGCUACCGACUCCGCCAAUUGUCCAAAGACUUUACUCGCGUAGUAGCCGAUAUGAGCAGGGAUAAAUUUGCAUCAUUGUCGCAACGAUUGAAAGCAUAUGUGGAUGAUGUGUCUUUCGACAGUCACCCGUCGGCGAACGGUCUUUUGGAUACAUUAAUUUCAGCAAAAACGCACGGAUACGAGUUGCCGAAAGAGAUUGACGAUCAAUUGCUUCGUGAUUUGGAGGAUCUGGUGGUCAAUGAAUGGUUCUAUGGCGCUAUGCAAUCCAACGAAGUGCGACGCUUGGGUCUGGGACGAUUAGCAGGCGAAAUCAAGGAUCGAAUGGUCCGUCGUGCCAACGGUACUGACAAACAAAUUGGUGAAGACAAUUACAAGCUCGCGAUUUAUUCUGGUCACGACACUACGAUCGCUCCACUCUUAAUUAUUUUAGGCGGUUUCGAUAAGCGGUGA